GGCAAGUAGAUGGAACAGAGGGUGGGGCAGGCAGUAGCAGCACUCCCAUACCCAUCAGCCCCUGCACUCACCGCCUCCAGCGCUUUAAAAAAAUAAGAUCUCCCUGAAAAUAAGUCUGAAUGCUUAUUUUAGGAGCCAAAACUAAAUAAGAUUGGGUCUUAUUUUCAGGGAAACAUGGUAGUUCUAUUAUUAGAGAAUUGUAAUUGUGAAAAGACACUCUUGGGGAAGUCGAAUAGUAUUGCAAUGUCUUGUCAAAUCCAUAUGUUUCAUUAGAUUUAACAAAAAUAAUUUUAUUAAAGAUCUAGAUACUAUCCUAGUAAAUAUGCAAGUAUGCCUGCAUGUUUAUAUGUACACAUACACAUUUCUAUUGUGAACUGUGUUUCAAAUAUCUCUUUCAAUCCCACUUUUCUAUUUCUGUAGAUUCACAGUAAGUAGAAUACAAAUAUCAGUGAUCACCUAAAUAGUCUUUCAAAGCACCACUUUUCUUUAAUAAGUAUAAUCUUUAUUGUCAUUUUACUUAUUUAUAAGGGGUUCAUGUUCCCUUUCACUAAUGUCUGCAUUAACUAUCUAUCUCAGUUUUAAUCUUGAAGAAGCCAGGUUAGAACAGUAUCAUUUUGGAAAGAGUAGCUAGCUCAGAGACAUGCAUUUUUGCUAUAAACUUCACCGCAAAGUUGGUCAAACUGGAGGUAGAAAGUGCAUAAUGAUGGUUUUCAGAAGACAAUACAUACCCAAUAAUUUAGACUCGGACAUGGGCAGAUAAAUGCCAACUUGAAGAGACAAACAUGGCAAUAAGCUAUUAAUUGAAAAUAGUGGGAGUUAUAGCCCAGCACUAAUUGGAAAACAGUAGGAUACAUUGUUUGAGAAGAAGCAACUAUGCUGUAGUAUGCUAUGGGAAAUCAACAUUAAAAAUUAUUAUUCCGAAAUAAGGACUCAUAAAAAGAAGUGGUAGGUUUUUUUAUAACACUGUAUCUCUUAAUUAUUUUAAAGAAUGAUGUGAAUGUUAACAUGAAGUUUAUAAGAUAUAUCUUUAAUAAAAAAAAUCUAAAGUUUGAUUUGUUCUUUGAGAUGAUCAUGGGCAUUAUCAAUUAAGGGUCAAUUAACUGAUUUCCCAUCCAGUUACGUUAUUGUUAUACUGUUACAUUGUUGAAAGCUUGUUCCUCCCUCAAAUAGUUAAAAAAGAACAAAACAUUUACAGUAAGUGUUAAUAUUUUCCCCAGGAGCUGUAUUAAUAUAGACUUCAUGUAAUGCUGCCAUUGCCUUAAGGGAUUCACUACCACUAGAUGCAAUGAUAAUUUAUUGAUUUUAAUGGCUGAGGGUUCCUUGGUGCUCUCUGAGCUUGCAGACAUUUCAUUACACAAACUAGGUAACAUCAUCAGUGCUAGUAUUAACCAUUUUAAUGGCUUGCAAAAGAACCUACCCCUACAGAGAAUAGAACUAUCUACGUUCAAUAAACAUAGAAGAAUGGAUGUUAAUGAGCUGUUUCUAAUUGCCAGAAGUUGAUAGCAAAUAAAAUGGGAUGGUAUUCUUGGUAAACAAAAUAUAUCAUUGACCAAAUAUAACCAUCUAUCAAUCAAUCCCCAGCUCCUUUGAUCUUGGUCUGGUGUAUGACUGUUCUUAGGUUAUUAAUAAAAGAGGAAUAUGAGAACUUAGCAAUUCUUAGCAUGGCUUCUAUUCAGUAAAUAUCUAGAGGGGAUAGGUAUGUAGUGCUGACACUAUAAUCUUUUUUUGGAUUUGAUCAAACUUGUUUGACUUGGAAGAUAAAUAAGAGAAUCAGGUAUAAUUAAUCUUUGGAUAGGAGACCAUGAAGGGAGUUCAGGGCUGCAAAGCAACAGCAAAACAGAAUAACAGAAAAAAUGUAAUGCCACAAAUUAAUUAUUCUAUCUCUGGUCAGUUAUUGUGAUACUUUAAGUUUUAAGUUUUAAACAUUCUGAAUUAAAGUCAUUAGUAUGUUAGACUGAACAGCAGAAAAUGUAACAUUGUUAUUAGAACUUAUGCAAAUGCUAAGAAUUGGUACUACAACAAACAUUUGUUUUACAAAUAAGUGGAAGAACAUAGCAAGGGAGGGCAUAUAACUGAUAGAUAAAAGUUACAUCUUUUAAAGAAGGCUCCACAUUUUCUGGACAUCUUAUUCAUUGAUAUUAGUACAGUGAAGAAUUUGCUAAAGUAAUGGGGUGAGAAAUGGGGUUGUUUCUAUGCUGGAUUUUAAAAGUAUUCUUGAGAAUUUUAUUUUAAUGGAUUUAAUUAAUGGAGAAGGCUUAGUUUCAAAAGUUGAACAAAUAUUUGUUAAAGUUGUCUUUGACUAUUUCCAGUAUUCCACACCUGUAGCAUUUAAAUAGCCUCCCGUCUCAAACUCACCCCUUCCCUCUUCUACAGAAUCACGCUGCUUAUUUUCAAUGUACUUGGAUAAUUCAUUGUCUGCAUUAAAUCCCUUGCUGGGGAAGAGGGAGGGGAGGGGAGAGAAGGAGAGACAGAGAGCGUCAAGUGGAAAUUCAAUGAACUGAGGUACAGUCGGAGCUUGCCUCUGAAGAAGUUCAGCCCGCACAGAAUAUUCCCCCCUCCUUCCAGUAAUGACCGGGCCGGCAAACAGAAGCCAGUUCACACGUCACUGGCACAAUCGGUUAUAAAUAGUAUCCCCAGCUCCUCAACUGUCUAUGGUUGCGUCUUGUUCGAGCCUCGACGACCUAGCUUCGCACCCUUUGGAGGAGAGCAGACACUUCCUUGGCGGCUCUCCCUACCGGCGGUCAGUCCACCGCCGAGCACCAAGGUGAGCGGUGAGGCGACGUCCGCUCCGUCGAGAGGAUGGUCCUGCUAGUCCUCCUGGCCUGGCUCUCGCCCUGGCUUUGCCGGGCGGUUACGGCUCUGUUGCCUGGGUCCCCCUGUGAGCCGGUGCGCAUCCAGAUGUGUCGAUAUAUGCCCUGGAACAUGACGCGGAUGCCUAAUCACUUGCACCACAGCACCCAGGAGAACGCAGUCCUUGCCAUCGAACAGUACCAGGAGCUGGUAGACUUCGGCUGCAGCCCAGUGCUUAGCUUCUUUCUUUGCGCUAUGUUCGCCCCUAUUUGCACCGUGGAAUUUCUCCACGACCCCAUCAAGCCCUGCAAGUCUCUGUGCCAGCGAGCCCGCGACGGCUGUGAGCCCCUCAUGAACAGAUACAACCACAGCUGGCCCGAGGCCUUAUCCUGCGAGGAGUUGCCUGUCUACGAUCGGGGUGUGUGCAUAGUCCCAGAGGCCAUCAUUACGGAUCUCCCGGCAGAGGAGGUGAAGUGGAUUGACUUUUCGGAAGACGUGAUGCUCCACGAGAAGCCGCUGUUCCCAGAGUGCAAGUUGCCCAAUCGCUGCAAAUGCAAGAAGUUAAAACCCACGCUGGCGAUUUAUCUGAACAAAAAUUACAGCUAUGUUAUUCAUGCUAAAAUAAAGAGUGUGGAGAGAAGAAGUUGCAAUGAAAUAACCACAAUGGUUGAUGUGAAAAAUGUUUUGAAAUCUUUGACUCCAGUUCCUCAUGCUCUAAUUCCUCUGUAUACUAAUUCUUCUUGCCAGUGUCCACCUCUUCUGCCAAAUCAAGUUGUACUCAUUAUGUGCUAUGAAUGGCACACCAGGUUGAUGCUUCUUGAUGAGUGCUCAGUGGAAAAGUGGAAGGUUCCAUUAAGCAAAAGGUUUCAGCGAUGGGAACAGAGACUCCAAGAACAGAAACUACAAGCAGCCUCUAAUAGAAAGCUGAAUUCCAGAAACUCUGGUCACAUUAGGAUACCAAAACAAAACUUAAAGAAAAGCAAUCCUGUGCUCACCAGUUCCAAGAAGAUCAAUAAGCUCAGAAAUCACCAGAAAAACAUUAAUUCUAAAAAAAUAUGAGUUCCACCUUUUUUUCCCAUAGGAAAGCCAACAAGCUGGCCUGAAAAGCAUAUGAUUUGCUGAACACUAUAACCUAAACAUUUCAUUUUUAUUUUGUAAAAUAAAUAAAAGCACAUACAGUUUUGCACUAAACUGAGAGAGUUGAUUAUGCAGCCUACAUUUAGCAUUGCAAAUCAUAGCUGAUUAACAGGUGUCUAGGUUAGUAGCUCUUUGAUUUAAAUAUGCCUGUGUGCUUCUGGUACUAAGAAUAGUUUUGCUAUAGCAGAAAAGCUAUAUCUUAUUUUGGCAUUUAUCUAGUAUUUUAUCAUAAUGCUAGCAAAAAGAGAGUCUUUGUCUAAUAUCCUGAAGAAUUUUUUUUGAGUGUAGGGAUGAGAUGCCAUGCAUUGCUCUUG